GGUGCCCGACACCGCACAGACAUGACAUCACACGUACUCGCGCUCGCCUUCCUACUGCACGCGUGCACGGCGCUGGCGUGGCCGGGAGCGGCGUCGCGCAGCGUGGACGCCUAUCUGGACUGCGGCAGAGUCAGAGGCGUGCAGCGCUCCGCUCAUGGCUUCAAGUUCGCCAGCUUCCUAGGAGUGCCCUACGCUAAGCAGCCCGUUGGAGACCUAAGGUUUAAGGAGCUCGAACCUCUUGAACAUUGGGAUGAUGUGUUCAACGCCACAAGUGAAGGACCCAUCUGCUUCCAAACAGACAUAUUAUACGGGAGGAUCAUGGCGCCCAGCAAGAUGAGCGAAGCGUGCAUAUACGCUAACAUUCAUGUUCCACUGCACGCCCUCCCAGAGUUCACAGACCGACAGAGGGACUGGACACCCGGACUGCCAAUCUUAGUAUUCAUACAUGGUGGAGGAUUUGCCUUCGGCUCGGGCCAUCAAGAUCUACACGGACCAGAAUAUUUGGUCAGCAAGAACACCAUCGUCAUCACAUUUAAUUACAGAUUGAACGUCUUCGGUUUCUUGUCCAUGAAUACGACAAAAAUCCCCGGCAACGCUGGUCUCCGAGACCAGGUGACCCUGUUGCGCUGGGUGCAAAGAAAUGCUAAGCAUUUCGGAGGAGACCCCAACAACGUCACCGUAGCGGGGCAGAGCGCUGGUGCAGCAUCCGCGCAUCUAUUGACUCUGUCUAAAGCUGCUAAAGGUCUUUUCAAAAGAGCAAUUUUGAUGAGCGGAACAGGAAUAAGCUCAUUCUUCAGCAUGUCUCCAGCUUACGCGGCUCACAUUUCGAAUCAAUUGCUGUUUGUCCUUGGCAUCAAAGAUACGGACCCUGAGGGAAUACAUAGGAAGCUCAUCGACCUACCAGCAGAGAAACUCAGCGAUGCUAACGCCGCUCUACUGGAACAAUUUGGCCUGACAACCUUCGUGCCUACUGUGGAAUCCCCACUACCUGGAGUUACAACCAUUAUUGACGAUGAUCCAGAAAUUUUAAUAGCUAAAGGACGCGGCAAGAACAUUCCUCUCUUAGUAGGAUUUACCAGCACAGAAUGCGAGACAUUCCGCAAUCGACUAAUCAACUUUGGUUUCGUCAAUAAGAUUAAGGACAAUCCUGCAAUCAUAAUACCGCCCAGAGUUUUAUUAAUGACACCACCACAGCUAGUGAUGGAUUUGAAAGAGUCUAUUGAGAGAAGGUACUAUAACGAUUCAAUAAGUAUAGAUAACUUUGUGAAAUCAUGUUCGGAUGGCUUCUAUGAGUACCCUGCAUUGAAACUGGCGCAAAAACGUGCUGAGACUGGUGGAGCUCCACUGUACUUGUACCGGUUCGCGUACGAGGGUCAGAGCAGCAUCAUCAAGGAAGUAAUGGAGCUGGACUACGAUGGCGCUGGCCACAUUGAGGACCUGACCUAUGUAUUCAGGACGAACUCUGUAGUUGAAGCGCCGGGCGCAACUGCGCCAUCUAAGGAUGACGUGAAAAUGAAGAAUCUAAUGACGAGCUACUUCGUCAACUUUAUGAAGUGCAGUAAACCGAUCUGCGAAGACAAUAACUCACUGGAGAAGUGGCCGGCGGGCGACGGCAUGCAAUACGAAGACAUCGUGUCCCCUGACAUGGUCAGAUCCAAGGAGUUCUCCUCUAGACAGCAGGACAUCAUCGAGUUCUUCGACAGCUUGACCAGUGGGAGCCAGCUUAUGGUAACAUACACAUUGUUGGUGAUACUACAAAUGACGAUGGUGACAAGUCAGGAUGUGAUCAGCAUUGCUCAGGGAAUGCUGAGAGGGAUUGCGAGAGACGGGUACAUGUCGUACACUGGAAUACCUUACGCCAAUGUUACAAGCUCAAUGGGGAGAUUUAAGAGAGCAGGCCUCGCUCCUCGUUGGUCUGACAUUAGAAACCCUAGAACAUUGACCUGUUCCACGGUCUCGGCUGCCGAAGAUUGUCUACAACUGGACGUCCACGUGCCGUCAGUAGUUGGUGGCAACUGGCCUGUUCUGGUGUGGAUCACGGGCGGCAGUGGGCCUUAUAAUCCCGGCAAGUUAGUGCAAGAGGGGAUCAUAGUCGUGAUUGUCUAUCACAGAUUGGGCCCCGCGGGAUUCUUAUGCCUGGGUAACGACAAAAUACCAGGCAAUGCUGGUGUGAAAGAUGUAGUACUUGCAUUAAGAUGGGUGCGCGAUAACAUUGUCGCCUUUAAAGGGAAUCCAGCUAAAGUUGUAAUAGCUGGACAAAGCUUUGGAGCAGCUAUGGUUGAGGCUGUAACAUUGUCUCCCAUGGCUAACGGUCUUUACCAUGGUGUAAUACUGCAGAGUGGAAGUGCGUUAUGCCCAUGGUCUUUUAAUUAUGAUGCAAAAGAAAGAGCUAGAGCUUUGGGAGAUACGAGUGAGAUUAGUGAUGAUUAUAUCAAAAGCUUACAAGAUUCUAAAAUUGAAGAUUUAGUAGCGAAAGCGAAUAAAUUAGACGUGUCCUAUUUUCCCUUCGGAAUAUGCGUUGAAGAUCCGUCAAAAAAAGAAGAGAGACUGUUAUUUGCAGCACCGUACGACUUACUGUCAAGUAAGAAAGAUAACUCCGUACCCAUGAUAGUAGGAUAUAACGACAAUGAAGCAUACGUUUUUGUUUCAAUAUUGAAAGAAGCAAAUGUUAUGAAACGAUUACGAAUAGGAGCGAGUUUUUUGUUACCAGAUGAUUUAAAGUUUUUGAACGAAAGGGAACAUAGACAAACUGGACGUCAGAUUGCAGAUAUGUAUUUUAAGGACAACAUUACCAUGGCAUCUGUGUUGGCUUACCAUAGGGACGCGUUCUUCACGAACCAUAUACACCGGAGUGUCCGUCACCACGUAUCAACAUCCGCAGUCUUCUACUACCAGUUCUCAUUCUCUGGUGACCUUGGAGUUCACCAAGAGCCAGGGGUUCGUAAGAUAGGUGCAGCACAUUCUGAUGAACUGGCCUACUUGUUCUAUGACGGCACUUUGGAGGGAGAAGAGGGUGCUAUGCAGAGACGUCUUGUGAAGCUAUGGACUAAUUUUGUUAAACAUUUAAACCCAUCCUAUCAGAGCGAAGUUACAUGGGAGCAGACCAGACCUGACUCCUUCCGACUGCUGGACAUUGGAGCCGAACUGAAGAUGAUCGACUACCCUCACUCGAGGACAGCUCGCAUGUGGGAUGAUAUCUACGAGAAAUACUACUACACGAGGAACAAGAUCGCUAAUUAA